UGUACGCACACCCUCUGACUACUUGUAAAUCUCUGCGUUAAGUGAGGUCUGCAAUCAUGAUGAACCGUAGUUACCAGCUUUUCCGAACUUGCCUAACUUGUUCUUCUUUGAGAUCUCUGGUGGUGUUGCCACAAUUUACCUUUAGUAGUGCACAGCUGUCCAGCUUAGCCCAGCUCACACAGAUCUUGGACACAGAGUUGAAGGGAAUUCGCGACGCUGGCACUUGGAAAGGCGAGCGUGUCAUCGUAUCCAAGCAGGGACCACAUAUUCACGUGGAAGGCAGGAAGGAAGGAAUUUUAAACUUCUGUGCUAAUAAUUACUUGGGUCUUUCUAGUCACCCGGAGGUUAUCAAAUCUGCCGCAAAAGCUCUAGAGGAGUAUGGCGCUGGACUCAGCUCAGUUCGGUUUAUAUGUGGUACCCAGAAUUUACACAAGAGUCUUGAAACGAAACUGUCAAAAUUCCACCAGAGAGAAGAUGCCAUUUUGUACGCCAGCUGUUUUGAUGCCAAUGCUGGAAUAUUUGAGGUGCUGCUUACCCCUGAGGAUGCUGUGCUGUCAGAUGAGUUGAAUCACGCCUCUAUCAUUGAUGGAAUUAGGCUCUGUAAAGCAAAUAAGUAUCGCUACAAGCACAUGGACCUUAAUGACCUGGAGGAUAAACUGAAGGAAGCACAGAAGCACAGGCUACGCCUUAUUGCCACUGAUGGUGUAUUCUCCAUGGAUGGAGAUAUUUCACCACUGAAAGACAUAUGUGACCUUGCUGAUCAGUACAAGGCUUUGGUGUUCGUUGAUGAGUGCCAUGCAACUGGAUUUAUGGGACCUAGAGGACGCGGUACAGAUGAGCUCCUGGGUGUGAUGGAUCGAGUGCACAUAAUAAACUCCACACUGGGGAAGGCCCUUGGUGGUGCAGCAGGUGGCUACACUACAGGACCAAAGGUUCUGAUUGAGCUCCUCCGUCAGCGUUCCCGUCCGUACCUUUUCUCCAAUACCCUGCCCCCAGCGGUGGUUGGCAGUGCCUCCAAGGCUCUGGACCUUCUUAUGGAAAGCAAUGUCAUUGCCCAGACGAUGGCAGACAAAACCAAGAGGUUCCGUACAAAGAUGACAGCAGCGGGAUUCACUUUGGCUGGGAAGGAUCACCCAAUUUGUCCAGUGAUGCUUGGAGAUGCACGUUUAGCUUCAGUCAUGGCAGAAGACAUGCUAGAAAGAGGCAUUUAUGUAAUUGGCUUCAGUUUUCCUGUUGUGCCAAAGGGAAAAGCACGGAUCCGGGUUCAGAUCUCUGCUGCGCAUAGUGACCAGGACAUUGAUCAGUGUGUGGAAGCAUUUAUUGACGUUGGCAGAAAGUAUGAUGUUAUAUCUUAAACAGCCGAGGAAAAUCAUCUACUUCAGUAAAUGGGAUUUGGAGCAUUUCUGCAUGCCUUAUUUUUUAUUAGUAAAUUAUAUUUCAUUUUAGAUUAAUAAAAUAAAUGUAUAAUUUAAUCAUGAAGAUUAUUUUUCUAGCAGUAUUUCAUCUGAGACAAGCAAAUGUGGGCCCAAUAAAAUGAAAAGUGCAGAUAUGCAGAUAUUAUAAGCCUUAGUUUAACAAAUGCGUUGACAGCUCACUGUGAGAGCAGGAGGACAUCAGGUGACAGUUUAGAGGCGGUUCAUGUUUAUAGACUUGGAGUCUGGAUUCAUUCUUGCCCUACUGUUUCGCAUGACUGUCCUGUUUCUGUAUUACUACAAGAAGUGCCUGCCUUUCCAGAAUAAACUAUGAAAUAUUG